AUGGAUGCGGAUGCUCUACAGAAACUUAUUCAUUUGCUCCAGGCCACAGAUGAUCCAUUAAUUCAAGAGCAAGCUUUAAUCACUCUCAGCAACAGUGCUGCCUUCUCUGUAAAUCAAGACAUAAUCCGAAAUUUGGGUGGCCUUUCUAUUAUUGGAGGGAUGCUCUCGGAUUGCGUUCCCAAAGUUAAAGAAAAAGCACUAAAUGCACUUAAUAAUUUGAGUAUGAAUGUUAAAAAUCAGGAAGAGAUACAGGUAUAUAUUACGCAAGUUUGUAGGAAUGUUGAGUCAGCUCCCCUGAACUCUGAUCUGCAGCUAGCUGGACUCAGAUUGUUGACAAAUAUGUCUGUUACCAGUGACUACCACCAUAAGAUGAUAAACUCAAUUCCAUGCUUUUUUCAUUUGCUUUCAGAAGGAACUGAAAGGACACAGAUUCAAGUUUUGAAAGUACUUGUGAACUUAUCUGCAAACCCAGCCAUGACAAGACAUCUUCUCAGAGCUCAAGUGCCGUCAUUGCUGUUACUUUUUGACACCUGUAUAAACAGAGAUAUUCUGCUUAGAGCCCUGGCGUUUGCAGCAAACUUGAAAAAGAACGUGAACAAUGAAGAUGGCACCAUGAUUCAGGACCAAUACAGUGAAGAUUCAGUUUUCUUUACGCUCUGCAGCGACUCUACCCCAUUCUCUCAGAAACUGGCAUCUUUAUUGCAUCACCCUGAUACAGAAGUGAAAGAGCAAGUUGUUAGAAUAUUAACACAAUAGCGAUUUUUAAAAAAACAAACAAAACCAGACUGACUUGAUAAAAAUAUCUAAUCUUAAGAAGGCUAUGCUAAAAAAA